CCAUUUAUACAGGAGAGAAUAGGUACACCGAGAGGAUUCUAAGGCUGGAUUAUUUUCAUGGGAGGUUGAGACAUAAUCAGAGAGGUUUGGGGUAUUUGUACCCAAAACAGGAAGGCCGAGAAAUCGUUUCCUGGCAGUAGUUGAGUGAGAAGGCUGCAGCUUAGCUGGGCAGCUGCUCCUCGGUGGGAAAGUGGGAUGGAGGUGGCAGAGACUCAAGAAAGACCCCCUCCCCGGAAGGGCCUGCCCUUCAUAUACCCAGAGAGGGGCUAGGAACUGGACAGCCUGGGGCCCAGGCUGCUGGAAACUCUCGAGCAUAGCCCCAGGGAACUGAGCUACAGAUUAUCUCCAAGAUGAUAGCUGACUGCAGGGUCGCCCUGGUUUACUGCUUCAACCUCCUUCAUUACAAGGAGAGACUGAGGCCGGAGACUAGACCACUCAGCCAGUGCUCUCCUCCACCCCAUCCCUUACCCCCUGCUCCAGUCUCUGGCCUGUGGCCACCAUGUAGCUCUUGGCCUUUUAUCCUUUCAUAGUGAUCCCUAGGUUGGCCUAAGGACACUCUGUAUCUUUCCAACACAAAAGUUCCCAACAGUGCUUAAAUCUAAACCAAGAGCCUCCUUUUUUCCUAAUACGCUGUAACCUGCUGCCCACCUUCGGACAGGCUGGGGGCAGUUGAACAUGAUGGGUGAGCCAGAGAAGUUGCCGCCAAGUCCUGAGCUGACCCCUUAGUGAACCAGAAGGAACCAGAAAGUGCCCUCCUGACCUUAGGCUUAAGGUGGAUCCUGGGGCCAGAAGGGAAGGGGAGGCAGCAGGCUUAGGCAGGGCCCAGUAGCUCAGGAGCAGGAGCACAGCGGGCCCUUCUGAGCUCAACUGACACAGUCGUAACCCCAUCUGCAACAAUUCAUCACCCACCGCUGACCACAGGCCCUGGCGCCAUGGGAUCUGCAGGCAGGCGCCAGAGCCACAGAGCCGGUGAAAGUGGUAGAUCUGAGGCCUGCCCUCAGGGCGCUCCUGACGCUACAGAGACAACAUCUCAGCUCAGAAGCUCCACUAGGGUGAGGUGGUGGGAAGACCAGGGCUUGGGGUUGAUUCUGAUUUGAGGAGAGAUAGAUGGGGCGGGGCUCUCAGAAGCCUGGACUUCCCAGGUUGCAAGAUACCCGAUUUACGUGCUGUGUGGUCUGUUCUAAACUAUAAGCCUCUGAAAGGGCAGCUUCAGUUUUACUGUGACUUCCCAGUGAUACAUCGACUCAUCAUUUCAAGGAAAAUCAGAGCUCUUGAUUCUGAUUCUCUGAGUAAGGGGCAGAUACGAUUCUUACCCUCUUGGACUUGGUGUGCUCGCAAAGGAAAGAGACAGUAAAUAAACUAACAAACGAGCAAGAAUAAUUCUGAUGAUGGUAGAGCUGUUUCGAGAGAAUAAAACAGGGCUGUCAUACAGAGUGCCUGGCGGCUCUGCUGGGGGCUGGAAAGAGUGGCAUUCGACUUUGGAAGGAACCAGCCAGGGGUGUCCGGGGACAGAAGAGCCCCAAGCAGAGAGUACAGGAGGUUUAGAACCGAAGGGGUGGGAAUCUGCUCAAGACAAGGGAAGAAAGUGUUGACGGGAGAAAAGUGGGGGAGGGGUGCUUCAGCUGACCUCAGUCAGGAGCUCACCUCCCCUCCCAGCAAAAAACUACUCCCUACCCCUGCCAACCCUUACCACCUAAGAUGUUUUGUAAACAUCUUAGAAACAUUAUUUUGUUUUCCAGCUAACGAAGCCCUCUCCCUACCCACCAGCACCCAAGAAAGCCUGGUAAAGUUUCUAGAUCAAAGUUCUUAUUGGGUUGGUCAUUUACCGACCCUUCCCCUCUUCAAGAUGCUCUUUAGUGCUCUUCACUAUCCCAUUUAAUCCUUUCCCCCGGUCGCCCACGCGGGCCUGGAUGGCAGAUAGAGUAAAACAUUUUUCCCCUUUGUGGCAAUUUCCAGCGGGCAGGCCCCGCUCAUCUUGUGACCCGGCGCGCGCUGAACUUGGCGAGAUGGCCCUGCAGAGUUCACUCAGAUGUCACGGUCCGGCCCGCAGGGGUCACAGGCGGGUCAGGCCGGAGGACUGGGACUGGGCCCCAGGUCACGCCCCCGCUGGCCUGCUUUGCUCACCGGCCGGAGGCACCGUCCAGAAAGGGGCGGGCCUAGGGUUUCUGAGAAUUACCUCCAGCGUGUCUCGCCCGGUUCCAGCCGGUGCCCCCAAGUGGUCUGUCACUGUUUACAGUUGUCAGUUCAUUUGAAGAAACGAUUGUGGGCGAGACCCUUCCCUGGAGCCUCUGAAACACCAGUGUAGGGUUAUGGUGAACCGCCGAUUCUCCGAAAGACAUCCUGGGGCUAGCCAGGCGUGGAACGUUUCUGCGAGCGUGAGGUCCCGGCGACUCCGCAGACAUUGCCGGACCCGCCCGGUUGCGGGACCACGCGGGAAGGUCGUGUAUUUAACUUAACAGCUCUCGGGAUCAAAGUGUUUUCCAUCUCCAAGGGACGCUUUCCAAGGCGUGAGACUCGCUCCUGUGAGAGCCGCUUUUCGGCUUUAAACAAACUUAUACGUUAUUGUUUCGUUUUUGGCGCGGCUGGUGGGUUCAGCGUUGAAACCGAGGGAGCGAAUGGCCCUGACUGGUCCGAGGAAGUUCGGACCCUGUCCCACUGGCUCGACAGGGUUGGAAACGGGGAGCGCACGUGCGCUUCUCGCAGUGUCCGAGCUCCAGGCUGUGGCUGCAGGAGCGGCCAAUCGUAUAGGUGGGCAAUGGCCAAAAGACCCACUUCCCAGUCAGGAUUCUCUCAACACUCUUAAUCAGCGGCCGGUAGAGGCCUGGUUUAGGACCCAGCACCCCCUCUCCUCUGGGUAGGUUUCUGCCGGGUGGGAGCUAGAGAGCCCAGGUCACCCUGGUAAGGUAGCCUAGCCUGGGGUAGGGAAGAGUAUGUGCAACCUUAGUCUAGCCUAAGGUAGCCCAGCCUGGGGCUGGGAAAAGUAUGUGCAACCAUAAGCCACUUUUGGAAACUCACAACUACCUGGAGGUGUAGACUGGUCAGGAAAGAUCACCUUCACAUCAAGGAGGAGGAAACGGGCUCAAGGAUGUGCGGUGACUUGCCCAAGAUCAUUCAAGUAGAGAUGGAUCCGGGACUCAGAGCCCAAACUCUGGGCUUUCCAUCCAUCCUCCUGCAUCUGUGUCUUUAUCCUGCGAGGAUUAAGGACUCUCUUCCCUUCUGCCUAGCUGGAGCUGCUAACCCCAGGGCCCUCGGAAUCCGGCUUUGGCCGGAUUGCAGAGCGCUGUUUGCCACUGAGUCGCAGAUGAAUUGCCCCUGCGGUCCCGGGCUAGGGAGUCAGAGUCAGGGCUCAGACUUGAGCAGGGUUGCACCUGGAGUCCUGGGGAUCUGGAGGCUCUCUUGAACCUUUAAGUAGGACCUUCCAAGACUUCAUGAUGUGAGCCUCGAGGGGUUUGGGAAUCUGGGAAUUAGUGGUCAGCCGGUCUUGAAUCCCCGCAACUCUCACUUGGGAACUGGCUCUGGGCUCUUCUGUGGGGUCUCUGGAAGAGUCAGGAGGCCUGCGUUUUGCUCCGCCUUCUGAAUCUCAAUUUCCUCACCUGCGGGACAAGGCAGCUGAAGAUCCCUGAACGCACUCCCCUUUACUUCCUCUGCAGGUGGAAGGGGGCCCUGUAAAACAGAAAGCGGGUGCAGGCAGCUCUGGGCUGGGACCUCCCGUCGGACCCGGCGGGAGGGAUUCCGAAGACACAGCCAGGGAGCCCGGGGCGUGGAGUUUCCGCUCCCCGGUGCCCCUGCCGCCGUCCGGGAGCCCCGCACACUUUGUAUGGGGGCAGCAGGCUGCUCCUAGCCCCGCGCCCCAGGAGGCGCGCUCCGAGAGAAGCCGCCACGGCGCCGCCUCUGCCUCGGCGCGGAACAAACGGUUAAAGAUUUGGGCAGCGCCUCGCGGGGGGAGGAGCCAGGGGCCCAAUCCGCAAUUAAAGAUGAACUUUGGGUGAACUAAUUUGUCUAAGGUAACGUGGGCAGCAACCUGGGCCGCCUAUAAAGCGGGCGCGCGGCGGGAUUCAGAGCGCUGAGGGUGGCGGCAGGUGGCGCGGAAGGUCGCGGCGCGCCAUGGGGCUCCCGGCACUGCUGGCCAGUGCGCUCUGCACCUUCGUGCUGCCGCUGCUGCUCUUCCUGGCUGCGAUCAAGCUCUGGGACUUGUACUGCGUGAGCAGCCGGGACCGCAGCUGUGCCCUCCCUUUGCCUCCCGGAACGAUGGGCUUCCCCUUCUUUGGGGAAACACUGCAGAUGGUGCUACAGCGAAGGAAGUUCCUGCAGAUGAAGCGCAGGAAAUACGGCUUCAUCUACAAGACGCAUCUGUUCGGGCGGCCCACGGUGCGGGUGAUGGGAGCGGACAACGUGCGGCGCAUUUUGCUCGGAGAGCACCGGCUGGUGUCGGUCCACUGGCCCGCGUCAGUGCGCACCAUCCUGGGUUCUGGGUGCCUCUCUAACCUGCACGAUUCCUCGCACAAGCAGCGCAAGAAGGUGAUUAUGCAGGCCUUCAGCCGCGAGGCGCUUCAGUGCUACGUGCCAGUGAUCGCCGAAGAAGUGGGCAACUACUUGGAGCAAUGGCUGAGCUGCGGCGAGCGCGGCCUCCUGGUCUACCCCCAGGUGAAGCGCCUUAUGUUCCGCAUUGCCAUGCGCAUCCUGCUGGGCUGCGAGUCCCGGCUGGCGAGCGGCGGGGAAGACGAGCAGCAGCUGGUAGAGGCCUUCGAGGAAAUGACCCGCAAUCUCUUCUCGUUGCCCAUAGACGUGCCCUUCAGCGGACUGUACCGGGGCCUGAAGGCGCGCGACCUCAUCCACGCGCGCAUCGAGGAGAACAUUCGCGCCAAGAUCCGCAGGCUGCCGGCGGCGGAGGCGGGCGGGGGCUGCAAAGAUGCCCUGCAGUUGUUGAUCGAGCACUCUUGGGAGAGAGGAGAGAGGCUGGACAUGCAGGCAUUAAAGCAAUCUUCAACAGAGCUUCUCUUUGGAGGGCAUGAAACCACGGCCAGUGCAGCUACGUCUCUGAUCACUUACUUGGGGCUCUACCCACAUGUUCUCCAGAAAGUUCGAGAGGAGCUGAAGAAUAAGGGUUUACUUUGCAAAGGCAAUCAAGACAACAAGUUGGAUGUGGAAAUUUUGGAACAGCUUAAGUACAUUGGGUGUGUUAUUAAAGAGACCCUUCGACUGAACCCCCCAGUUCCAGGAGGGUUUCGGGUUGCCCUUAAGACUUUUGAAUUAAAUGGAUACCAGAUUCCCAAAGGCUGGAAUGUAAUCUACAGUAUCUGUGAUACUCAUGAUGUUGCCGAUAUCUUCACCAACAAGGAGGAAUUUAAUCCUGACCGCUUUCUGCUGCCUCACCCAGAGGAUGCAUCCAGGUUCAGCUUCAUUCCAUUUGGAGGAGGCCUUAGGAGCUGUGUAGGCAAAGAGUUUGCAAAAAUUCUUCUCAAAAUAUUUACAGUGGAGCUGGCCAGGCAUUGUGACUGGCAGCUUCUAAAUGGACCUCCUACAAUGAAAACGAGCCCCACUGUGUAUCCUGUGGACGAUCUCCCGGCCAGGUUCACCCGUUUCCAGGGGGAAAUCUGAUGGGCCAGAAAGCCCAGACCUCAGACUCAUUUGAAGUGUACAUAGGCAUUUCUACCUAGUGUCAUGUUGAUUUGAUUAUAUUUAAUUUUUAAAUGUAUAUUAUAAUAUUUAUGUGUCUCUUCUACAGUACCACAGUCUUUAAAUAUUAAAAUAAUGAAUUUGGAUAGUUUCCAAAUAAAAUAAAAUCUGAAGGUG